AACACGUUUUUUUCUCAGUUUGUAUAUUGGGCAAGAUUUGCCUCCGGGCUUCUUCCGGGUUAGACGACUACUUCCGGUAUUGCAUGGUGUCGUGUCCAGUCGGCUGCUGUCAAGAUGUCGAAAGUUACUUUCAAGAUCACUCUAACAUCGGAUCCAAAAUUGCCGUACAAAGUUUUGAGUGUACCAGAGGGGACACCGUUUACAGCAGUGUUGAAGUUUGCAGCAGAAGAGUUCAAGGUUCCUGCUCCCACCAGUGCCAUUAUAACGAAUGACGGAAUAGGAAUCAACCCAGCCCAGAGUGCAGGUAAUGUGUUCCUGAAGCAUGGCUCCGAGCUGCGAUUGAUACCCCGGGAUCGUGUAGGUCAUCAAUGAACGGGCAACUCAACAUAGUCUCAGAAAAUCUCAUUCUCAUACAAUAAUCAUCUUCUGCUCAGUGUCCAUGGCAACACAGCAUCUCAGUAUCCACGGCAACCCAAUAUCUACAUGGAGUCCUACACAACUGACACCAUUGUUGGUCUUUCCAUGUAUUUCAGAUUUUAAGUGUCGACCCAAUCUGAACAAGUCUAUAAUGGUUCAUUCCUUUGCCAUGUUAAUUUGCUAUUGGAUAGAUGGUGCCUUCUGAAGGAAACAUAUUUUUUUUUCAUUGCAAAUGAAAGUAGGACAAGAUGAAUUGAUGGUUGAUGUGUUUCAAAAUUGUUGUCGAGAUGGGGCAGUGAAAGUGUUCUGUGGAAAAGUACAUUAUCUAGUCAUUGGGCCAAACUAAAACUAUCAAGAAUUAUUGUUAGCCUGCUUCCUCAUGUACAUAUUUGUCUGAGGUUUCCUUAGGUUGUAGAUUUAAGAAGUUGUAAGCUGGUGAAAACAGUUUAGGAACAGUGGUUAUUGUUAAGUCUUAUAAGCUCGAAUUUGUUCUUUUCUGUUAAAUAUUACAAUUAUAUAUUUAGUUCACAGCACCUUCAUUUAUGGUGUUUGUUAUAUUGUUUAUCACUAUCAAACAGUGACAGAUGCCCUUCACCUGUUGUUACUAUAGUACACUUAUGUGAAAUGAUAUUUAUGUGAUCAUGUCGCCUUGUUACACCAAACCACAGUGACACGAUAACAAGGUGGCUUUCAUUGUCAAUUUGAAAUCAAUAUUCUUGUAAAUUUAUGAAUGUAUGUUUAAAGAUUAAGAGUUAAAGAUGUAUUACUAUCACUAUUUGUUUUCUAAUUUUGGAAAUGUGAGUUAAAGAUCUAGGUUACAAGAAGUGUUUGUAACCAUGGAUACACUGCCAAUACGUUUGUUUGUCACUGUUGCAGCGAAUAAUUCCAUUUCCCUGUGUUGCAUCAUGGCGGUAUCAUGACGUAACAUGAUGGCAGUAGCAUGACGUAACAUCAUGACGGUAGCAUGACAGUAACAUCAUGGCGGUCAGUAUGCCUGUCUGUCCAGAAUCUUCCACCGAGCACAUUGAUCCGUUAUGUCACUGUCUUUGUUUCUUCAUAGUUUAAGUUGUGAAAAGCAGCCAAUUGUUUUGUUACGCGGCACCAAGCAUUUUUCACAUGUUCACCAUGGAUGCUAACUUUAGAUAAAUGCAGGGUGUUGGUCACAUUUCAGUAUUCACUGUCUGUAGUUUACAAGUUACCAGCAUUUUAUUUCCAAAAUAUUUAUUACAGUGCAGAGUAGGCGAAUUUUAGAACAUGGAGAAAACUGUAGUUUAAUUCCUUUGCUCCAUUCGAUACUUUUCUGUGUUAGGAUCUUAGGAUACCGCCAUAGGCCGUGUCGGAAAAGACUUUAUCUGACGAUAAGCACUGAGACAUCUAAAAUCUAGGUACAAGUGAGCAAAGCAUUCAAACCAGCAUAUCUGAUUUCUCUAUCUCAUAAAUAAAUAUAAUCCCGAGACAACGACUGCUCCCCAAAGGCCAGGCCAAUAUGAUGCUGUGUCUCAUGAGCGAUUAGGGGCAGUGAUUCGGACAGGUGGUUACAGCAUCGACUCAUCACUUUUAAACCAAGGUUCGAUGCCCCUGAUGGUUACUAUGUGUUAAGCCCACUUCUGGGGAAACCUUGUGGUGAAAGGGCAGACACAAUGAAGACCAGGUUGGAACUCUGUCAUGAGUACAAUGUGAGAUGUCGUUUCUAUUGCUAAAAGUAGCGUAACACUCACUCACCCAUAGGGACGGCAGGGUGAGUUUAACACGAGGGACAUUUCAAACACCAUCUUCAUCAUGUGGGGGGGAUAGAUGGUGUCAAUAUUGAGGGAUGAAAAAGUGGUGAGAGCACAUAGUCAGACGUUGGAAGCAAUCACUUGCCAGUGGCUUCAACCGCGAGAGAUACUGUUGAAAAAGUCACAUCAUUUAUGGAGGAAUAUUUUAUCAAGUCUAUACUGUGGCUAAAAAUCAAAUUAAAUCUGAGAUUAACAUAAAGAUUUAACAAAACGUAAACGUUAACAAAUAUGUACGGAAGAGAAUAUAUGGAUGUAAACACGUUUCGGAGUAUGUGCUUACUCCAUCAGAUGAAACACAUGUAAAAUGAAGAAUAUUGAGCUGUUUCAGAUGUUCUGUUGGUUUGUGAUACAAUCUUGCAAUGUUAUUUAUUCAGGUAAAUGUUCAAAUAAAUGUACAUAUAAAGAAAUAAAUGUCAAUUUUAAAUAUU